AUGCUGCUCGCCCCUGAGGGAGACCCCGACGCCCUUGACAUACCGACUCCUCGCACUUACGCUGAGGCAGUGUCAGGGCCUUGGGCCUCUCAGUGGAGAGCUGCCAUGGACGCAGAGAUGGCCUCCUACAGAUCCACAGGCACCUACGUCGACGAGGGUAGCCUACACGAGGAGGUCUGGCUGCGUCGUCCCUCUGCCUUCACUGGCACUUUCCCUCUUGGGACCCAGUGGAGGCUGAGGCGACCAGUCUACGGUCUCCGUCAGGCUCCUCGUGAGUGGCACGACACCCUUCGUUCUACCCUGUCUGACCUUGGUUUCCAGCCGUCUUCUACCGACUCGUCGCUGUUCGUUCGUCGUGGCUCCACACCGUUCUUUGUUCUGGUCUACGUCGAGGACCUUGCUUUCGCCACUGCUGACAGGGUUGCCUUAGUAGACGUGAAGUCCGAACUGCAGAAGAGACACACGUGCACUGACCUAGGUGAGCUGCGCCACUACCUUGGCCUGCAGAUCACCAGGGACAGAGCCGCUCGCACCAUUACACUCUCACAGUCACACAUGGUGCAGCAGGUCCUUCAGCGGUUCGAGCUUCAGCACUCCACAGUACAGCGCACACCUCUUGCUGUUGACCACAGACUCACUGGACCCUUUUCUGACCCUUUUCCCUACGCAGAGCUGGUGGGCUGCCUCAUGUACCUGAUGACUUGUACUCGCCCGGACCUCGCCUUCCCUCUCAGCAUCCUUGCUCGCUUUGUUGCGCCAGGGAGACACCGUCCUGUUCACUGGACAGCAGCUGUGAGGGUGGCGAAGUACCUAGCGACGACAUCAGGCGUGGGGCUGGUUCUUGGAGGGCAGCAGUCUGUCGUACUUACUGGUCACUGUGACUCUUCUUACGCUGACGACGCUGAGACUCACAGGUCUACUCAGGGGUACUGCUUCAGUCUAGGUUCUGGAGCUGUUUUGUGGAGGUCUACGCAUUCCUCCUCGGUCUCGACCUCUACAACUGAGGCUGAGAUCUACGCUGGUGCCAUGGCGGCACAGGAGCUGCGCUGGUUGACCUUCUUGCUCGCUGACCUUGGUGAGCGGCCGAGCUCUGCACCGAACUUUUUGACUGACAACAAGGCGUCGAUUCUCCUCUGCGGAGAGCCGCGACUGGAGAGCAGAGUGAAGCACAUUAACGUCAGGUACUUUCUUCUGCGAGAGUUGCAGAGACGUGGACAGGCUCGCUUCGAGUUUGUGGAGUCCGAGGCCAACAUUGCAGACAUCUUCACCAAGGCGCUUCCGCCUUGUGACCACCAGAGGUGUUGUGUGCAGUUAGGCCUUGUUGACACAGGUUCUCGUCGUGUGUAG